CUAUAAGACCUAACUGCAUUAAACAUUUUAAUUAUAAAUACAAUAUGUUUCUUAAUAUUAAAACGUCUUUGUACGUGGGAUGUUGUUUCGGUUUGCUAUUUAUAUGUUUUACAGUCAACGCCACUAAAACGGAGUCAACUAUGUUCGAUCUAGAAAAAAUAGAUUUUAUGAAUACUACUAAUUUUACAGACAGAUACACUAUACCAACAACAAAAACGACGACAAUACGGGCGCGAACUAUGAUACCGCGUAUUACAUUUGAAGAGAACUGCGACUACUUGGCCUAUUAUUGCUUAAAAGCCUACACUACCGGAAAACUAUGUGGCAGAACAUUAUAUUACACUUACCAUACGUUCAAAAACUACUGUUUACUUGAUUACGUUAAUUGCAUGGAAAGAUACGAAGUGUGGCAAGUAGUUCACAUGGGAGAAUGCUUCAAUGUCACUGAACUGACUGAAUAUUUACUCUAUCCUUAUGACGACGAUUACUUCUUAGAUCAGUAUUACGUUAUAGAAGAUCAUUGAAUAGUUGAAGAAAUUUUAUUUAAGAUAUAUUUAAAAAGUAAAUAAUUUAUAAGUUUUUUAUUAACAUAAUGUUUUUUUAUUAAAUUAAUUAAAGUAUAUCCCAUUUA